GCGCAGCCAGGGCGCAGGUGAAACCGACUCGGCCCUAUCCCGGGAACUUUCGCGGUGGGGACUCGUUGCGAGAGGCUAGAGUCGCGCAGGUGCUGCCUGGGAGCCGCCCUCUCUCACUGAGACUGCCACGGGGACUCAGCCCGGGGGCCACCCGCAGGGGACCCACGGACCUCCUGGCGCGCUCACUGGCAGUGGGCAGCGCUGGCCUCCGCUGCUGAUGGGGGCGGCUAGUGCCGCCCCGGGCGCAGGUGACACUCGCCCGGCCAGGGUUUCCUCUGGCUGGGGAGAGCCCCGGGAGGGCGAGACGCAGACACCUCAGGGGCGGAGGACAAGGCAGCGAUGGCCCGAGAGCUGAGCCAGGAGGCACUACUGGACUUUCUGUGCCAGGCUGGGGGCCGCGUGACCAACGCUGCCUUGCUGAGCCACUUCAAGAGCUUUCUCCGAGACCCUGACGCGUCCCCCAGCCAGCACCAGCACCGCCGCGAGCUCUUCAAGGGCUUCGUCAACUCGGUCGCCGCAGUGCGCCAGGACCCCGACGGCACCAAGUACGUGGUGCUCAAGAGGAGGUACAGGGACCUUUUAGGGGAGGAGGGGCUGCAGCGACCCCGCGAGCCGCCCGCGGCCCCCCACAGUGCAGGCGGAGCUGCGCCCUGCUCCCCGCGAGGCGCGCGCGGGGGGCAGUCGCCCCAGCAGCAGCCCAGGCGGCGGCGGCGCGAGAAGGAGCCGGAGGAGGAGCCAGCAGGUGCAGCAGCCAGAGCCGCCGACGCAGCUUGCAAUGGACUCCCGGUCAGCGGCUCCCGCGCAGCACCCGGGAAGGGCGGCGGAUCGAAGGGCAGUCCCGGACAGAGGGCGCCGGUGCCCGCAACUGCAGCGGCAGGGGCCCAGGCGGGAGCGAGGUGCGCGGCGGCGGGGGCACAGGGCCACUGCUGCUGGGAAUGCCUCCAGAACAACCUGGCGGGGCUCCCGGGAGAGCUCGGCGCGCUCCCGGACUCCGCCACCGCCGAGGAGAAGCCUGCACGGGCUCUGCCUGCCCAGGAUGGCCGCGGGGCUUCCAGGGAGCCGGAAGAAGGAGCGCUGGCUGAGCCCGCGCCUGUGCCUGCAACGCAUCGCUCGCCUCUCGCCACCGUCGAGGCUGCGACGAGCAGGGCUUCCCCGCCUGCUCUCCUGCCCGGCCCCGCCCCACGCGGAGACCGGCCGGAGCUGCUGACCCCCAGCUCUCUGCAUUAUUCGACCCUGCAGCAGCAGCAGCAGCGCACUCGAGAGUGGGUGGCCAGGCACCCGCAGGUGCCGGAGGCCCGUGAUCAGGGCCCUGUCCGCGCCUGGUCGGUGCUGCCAGACAACUUCCUCCAGCUGUCCUUGGAACCUGGCUCCACGGAGCCUAACUCAGAGCCGCCAGACCCCCGCCUUUCCUCGCACUCUCUCUUUCCUGUUGUUCCGGAUGAGCCCUGGGAAUCCUGGGCGGGGAACCCUUCAUUGACUGUCUUUCGCAGCAUUCGUUGUCAGCUGUCCCUCCAAGAUCUGGAUGACUUUGUGGACCAGGAGAGUCAUGGCAGUGAGGAGAGCAGCAGCGGGCCCAAAGACUCACCAGGGGCUUCUGAAGAGGGGCUGCAGGUUGUCUUGGGAACCCCAGUUCGGGGGAAGCUCAGGAAUCCAGCUGGGGGCCUUUCUGUAUCUCGGAAGGAGGGCAGGCCCAGUUGGAGCCCUCAGGAUCUCAGAAACAGAGGAGAUGGUCACAUCUCUCAGCAGGUUCCUGCGGGGGCUAAUGGCCUUGCAGGUCACCCCCUGGAGCCUUUGCCUUGGCCAGUUCCUAAGUUAAGGAGGUCCCUCAGGAGGAGCUCUCUGGCAGGGAGAGCCAAAUUGUCCUCCUCUGAUGAGGAGUACCUUGAUGAGGGCUUGCUGAAAAGAAGUCGGCGCCCACCUCGAUCCAGGAAGCCCUCCAAGGCAGGAACAGCACCCAGCCCAAGGGUUGAUGCAGCUUUAUCACCAAAACUUGCAGAGGUUAAGGCUGUUGUGGCUGAGCGGGGUUGGCGACACAGCUUGUGGGCCCCCAGUGGGGAGGGGCCUGCAGCCUGGGCCCCCCACAGAACUUCUGAGCACAAAUCAUCCCUGGUUCCCCUAGAUGCCAGGGAGCAUGAGUGGAUUGUGAAGCUUGCCAGUGGCUCCUGGAUUCAGGUGUGGACUUUGUUCUGGGAGGACCCUCAACUGGCCUUGCACAAAGACUUUCUGACUGGGUACACUGCCUUGCACUGGAUAGCCAAACAUGGGGACCUCAGGGCUCUUCAGGACUUGGUCUCUGGAGCAAAGAAGGCAGGGAUUGUCCUUGAUGUAAAUGUGAGGUCCAGUUGUGGAUAUACCCCGCUGCAUCUUGCAGCCAUUCACGGCCACCAGGGGGUCAUCAAAUUGCUAGUGCAAAGGUUGGCUUCUCGGGUAAAUGUCAGGGACAGCAGUGGGAAGAAGCCAUGGCAGUAUCUAACCAGUAAUACCUCUGGGGAAAUAUGGCAGCUGUUGGGAGCCCCUCGGGGCAAGCCCAUUUUCCCUGUCUAUCCCUUAGUUGGAAGUUCUUCCCCGACCAGAAAGGCCAAGAGCAAGGAAAUAUCUAGAAGUGUCACCCGAAAGACUUCCUUCGCUGCCCUACUCAAAAGUCAGCACAACAAGUGGAAACUGGCCAACCAGUAUGAGAAAUUCCCCAGUCCAAGGGAAAGAGAAGAGUACAGUGACUGAGAUUUCCAGAUAUUUAUGGAGCAUCUACUGUGUGAUAAAGACACAAUUCCUGCCUUCAAGAGCUCACAGUCUACUGGGAAGGAGAUGUAAGGGUUGGGUCACUGAAAAUUGCUUCUAGCACAGUGAGGCUAUCAUCCCACAAGAAUGCAGACCUCUGCCUGCUUCACUCCCUGCUGUGCUUCCACAUCUGGAGCAUGCAGUAGGACCUCAGAGAAUGUGUGCUGGAAGCGGGAACACUGAUCGGAAUUUGUCCUCUGAAUGUGCCCACUCACGCUGCAGUGUCAGCUCCUUGAGGACAGCAAUGUCAUCAGGCCUGUUGAUCCCUGAAUCAGCACCUAGAAGGGUUUGGCACAUGGUAGGUGCUCACUGACUGGCUGAUUACAACAGGACACAGCAGCAGGCCUUGAAGCUGGGAGUGAACCCCAAAUCCUACCUUCAAGCAGGAAGCCCUGCUCCUUUGUAUUAGGCGUGAAAUGGGGCCUGUGAAGGAGGCGGCAGGAGGGGGGGAAAAUGCUGCCAUGGGUUCUUGUGUACACAGAAGACAGUGGCAUGGGAAGACGUGAGCAGGCAUAUGCAGGAAAUGAACAGAGGACUAAGGCUCAACCCUGAACCUGCUCUCUUAGGUGUCACACACUCUCCCACUGGAAGCAGGUGAGCGGCUCCCAAGUUCCCUUGGAGAUAGAGGCCACAUGACCUCAACCUGGCCAAUCAGCAGAGCCCAUUCUCUUCAGCCAUAGUGAUUGGCUGAGGUCUGGGCACUUAACCAAUCCCGUGCAGAAGGUCAGAUCUCCAGGUUGGAACCCUGGGUGAAGAGAAGCUUAAUUUCUGUUAGGUUGCUGGAGUGGUUGGUGCCAUCUUGUCACCGUGAAGGGAAAGCCCACCCAAGAAUGACACCAACAUAGAGGGAAGUAAGCAGAGCCAAGAGGUUGGCAGAGGUGGUUCCUGGUGCCAUUAUCCAGCACCCAGCUACCGACCAGGUGAAGUUGGCCUUGCACAUAGUCACUGGCACUGGAGUGACCCAUAGGUCACACACAAAAGUCUGCAGAGCAACUCCAGCUGUGCUCUUUCGUUUUCACAAUUAGCAACGUUUUUAUAGGUAGCAUUCUUGGUUUCCUAGUUAGGAUUUGUAGCUAGAAGUUUACCAUGCAGCAGGGCCUUACGACCAUCUCUGCUGAUGAGGAGACCCUUACUGAUCAUUAUAGGCUCCUCGAGAUCGUCAGCCAGGACAGCUUCACCAAGGUGAAUGAAGUUCACCAAGUGCCUUCUCACUGGGACCAAGGUGGCUGUGGUCAUCCCAAAAGGGCAGCAGAACUCCUCCCUCUAGAGUCUAUUCCAUGGGGUGACCCCAAGGUCAUCAGGCUCUUUCGACACCACAGACACUUUGUUCUUAGCCAUGGAGUAUGCCAGCAGAGCAGAGCUGGUCCGCUACAUCCUAGAGUUGGGUUACAUGAAGGCAGAAGAGGCCUGAAGCAAAUUCCAGCAGAUAGUAUCAGCCCUCUAGUACCACCAACAGAAGGGGGAUAUCCACAGGGACCUGAAGCCCAAGAAUUUCCUUGUGGUCCAUCACAACAUAAAAAUAACAGCCUUUGGAUUUGAUACCAGGUUCACCGUAGGCCAGAAGCUGGGCACCUUCGGUGGGAGUCCCUCUUAUGUGGUCCUGAACUCUUCCAUGGCCAAGCAUAUGAUGGGCCCCAGUGGACAUGUGAAGCUGGAAAGUCAUUCUUUAUACCACGGUAACCAGGGCCUGCCAUUUAUUGGGCAGACUUUGUGGAGCUGAGGAAGCUGAUACUGUGUAAACAAUUGUACAAGAUCCCACUCUUCGCUCUCCAUUUCCAGAGAGCUUCAUCAACCUAUUUUUGACUGCAGGGAGAGGCCUAUACUAGACCACAUCAUGGAACACCUAUGGAUCAACACUGGUCAGGAGGAGACACGAAAGUCAUUCCAGGAGCUGCUUUCUGAUCACCAGGACUCCUGAAAGACAGAGCUCAUGGUGUCCAUGGGAUAUGAGGCAGACCACAUCCAGUCCUUGUUAGAACAACAAUUUGAUGAUACCAUGGCCUGGUACUGAGUCCUGGGCUACAGGAAACUUGAUGCAGGGCUCCAUCAUCAGAGUGAAGUCUUUGCCUUCAGUGGAUCCCACCCAACAGUCACUAGCCUUUCCCACCACCUGAAAGAAACUCUUAUGCUUUCACCUACAAAACUGGUUAAGAACAUUGGGAAAACGUGCACAGUUCACAUGUUCUUCAUUUGUUCACCCUUAAGUGUCCAGUGUCUUGUCAUUCAUGCUGGUCUAAAUAUUGUGGGUUGACAUAAAAUUUGAGGUAUAGUAAGGCCAACAGGUCAGGAAACGAGUAUUGUGCAACUGAAAAGAUAAUUUGUUGCCCACAGUUCCCAAGAGGACGGGCACACAACAUGCAGGACCACACAGGGAAGCACCAGUGGGGGUCACUAGGCAGAGGGAUGGGGAGAGCUGUGGGCAAGAACCUUUGUUGUGCUUCCUUCUCGAUUUUGCCCAGGAAAAGCUCCUUGGCAACAGCUUGGAUGGGUGGACUGGUGAACAGCAGGUGCCAGCACAUGGUGAAUGCCACUGAAGGCUGACAGGAAUGCACCUCCCUUAGGGUAGGCUGCAGGAGCCCAGUGCUUCUCAUGCUACCCUGGUUGCUGUGGCCACUGCUGCCAUUUCCUGCUCAGCACUUCAGCAUCUGGUCUGUGCAGCCUGAUGAUGCCCUCUCUCUUCUACUUUUAAGACUUUUGUGUUUUGUAAAGGCCUUACUGUAUGUAAAUUAGUUCUCAAUUUAAAAAGAAAAUACCAAGACAAGUAAGGAGAAGUAUUUUUCAAAUGCCUAUUGGGGCCAAAGCCGCGACUAUUUUGAAAGUGUCUAGUUCUUCCAUGUACUCUCUUUUCUUUCUUUCCUUCCCUUUUUCCUUUCCUUGUCUCCUUUUUAGAACAGUGAACACUCCCAAAUCUAGCAAGUACUAGCAGGUAUUUCUGUACCAUCACUUUUUGAAAACUAUAAUUGUUAAUCUUACAGGAUUUGAAGGUUUUUGCUGUUUGUGUCCCAAAAUACAAUUAGCUUCUAGUGAAUUCUUAUCCUUUGGUGUCAACUAGGGAAACAUUUCAGGGACAUAAAUAUUGUGAACCAGGUGACAUGCCACCAUCCCACAAUGGGUCUCACUGCCUAAGAGAAUGGGCCAGUCAUGAUAGGGGUAAGACAAGGAUUUCAUUCUAUGACCCUGCUAAUGGGCCAGAAAUAAUCCCAUUUUCUUAGUUAUUUGAGGACUGAGAACUUCUCAAGACUUAGUGAAUCACAUGAGGGUGUUCAGAUCAGAGUACAGUAUUCAGACUUUCUGAUUAAAACUGACUUUUAAAAG